CGUUAACGUUCUCGGAUUCUGCCACAAACACCGAUUGAAUUAAAAUCAAGAUGGCAACCGAGGGUGAGUACGAGUCGGUACUGUGUGUGAAACCCGACGUCAAUGUGUACCGCAUUCCGCCGAGAGCAUCGAAUCGCGGAUACAGGGCAGCGGACUGGAAGCUGGACACACCUGAUUGGACUGGGCGCAUGCGAGUGACUGCGAGAGGGAAAGUGGCCUACAUCAAACUAGAGGACAAAAUUUCAGGAGAGCUGUUUGCCCAGGCACCAGUAGAGGAAUAUCCAGGCAUCUCAGUGGAAGCAGUGAGCGAUUCAAGUCGCUAUUUUGUGAUUCGUAUACAGGAUGAUAAUGGCCGAAGUGCGUUUAUUGGAGUUGGCUUUGGGGACAGAGGGGACUCUUUCGAUUUCAACGUAGCUCUGCAGGACCACUUCAAGUGGGUCAAGCAAGACAAUGAAAUUGCAAAACAAUCGCAGGCCCCUGAUACUGCACCAAAGCUGGACUUGGGUUUUAAAGAGGGCCAGACCAUUACUCUUAAUAUUGGGCAAACUAGGAAAAAGGAGAAACCUCGUUCCCAGGGACAAGGUGGCUUUGGGCUCCUCCCCCCUCCUCCUGGAGGAAAGAUAGCCCCACCCCCUUCAUCCAAUCACAAUAUGGAAUCAUUCACAGGAGGCGCAAGCACCGCCUGCCUGUUGGAGCUGGACAGUAGUAACUCCAAUUCUGUGGUGCAGUCCAAUCCCAGUGCUGACCUUUGGGGUGAUUUCUCCACUCCGGCAAGCUCACAGCCAGCAGCACAACAGUCUUCCUCCACAAGCUGGGUUCAGUUCUGAGUCUUUGCCACUUUUGCGUGUCUCGCAGAGCUGUGGGAAGUCUGUCUCCAGCCAACAUCCGUCUCAUGUCUGUCCUUAACUUAAGGAAAACCUGCGUCUGAUACCUGUCUUACUUUCAGUCAUAUUUAUUACUGGGAGAAAAAUCUCAAAUAUACUGAAACAUAAUGGAAAUAGUUAAGUCACCCUAUUCCAGUUCCCGGGCUUAAAGGUAUAUAAGAAAUAUAAUUAAUAAAGCAUAUAACUGUGACACUAUAUUUAUAAAGAGGAACAUAAACAGACAAGCUCAGGAGCAGCUGAGUUAAAUAUAUAGAUGAUAUUAUACGUGUAGAUGUGUUUUUAGGACUGAUAAUUGUUGUUUAUGUCAUCAAAGCAACAUGAGUUCCCUAUGAGUUCUGGCUUCCAUACACCUUUAUGACUUAUUGGUGCGAAAUUGUUGAGUCAAGUAUUUGAGUCUGAAAUCGUGUGGAUGAACACCAACCUAAACACGCAUCGAAGGGACCAUGUCUAGUAGUGUAGAUGAUGCGUUUGCGAUGGAUUCAGGGGGAUGCUAAGUAUUAUUAUACUGGUGGGGGUGGCUAUUCCAAUGAAUACGGCUGAGGUUCUGAUUGCUGCCGAAAGCAGUUUUGAGUACGAAUAUGCCUCUCAUGGUCUCCUGUAGACCCAAGCUGUACAACUUGCGUGGUUAGUCAUUAAGUAGGAUCCUAAGGAAACUAGCUUCUUUAAGGAGUAUUAAAAUUAGGUUAAUCAGCGUAUUUAAACUGUAAAAUGUCUGUGUUUAUCCAAUGUCCCAACAAAGUGUCGUUCAACUAAUACAGGUGCAUAUUUCAUAUAUUUUUUUUUGUCCUUAUUGGUAUUGCUACAGGAAGGGCUUAUUUCCUGUGAUGAUAUUUAUUUGUUAGUGUGUAGUAUUUAUUGACCUGUAAAUCCUGUAAAUGCUAUGAAACAUGCAUUAUCUUGUGUAUUCGCACAUCUGGUGAAGGAGAACAGUAUGAUGGCCUGAGACUCUGCUGCAGAUUUUGCUGUGAUUUGAUGUAUUGGGUCCAGCUGAUGUUGACUUGUAUGCACAUUAUACCAUUUGUCUCUGUCUCGUUUAAAUUACAUGACGUGUAUAUAUAUGCUGUACCGAAUAAGAACGGCCGUACCGGUCAUUAAAAAUGAAUUUGGGAGA